GAGCAACAGCAGAGCUGCACUCGAGGCAAAUCUCUCCGUUUCUCUUGAAAGAAACAUUCAUCUGAAUCCAGCAGCUUUUUCUCAACAACAGCAGAAUCUCUGCAAACACUGAGUGUCGAUAUGUCUGCUGCCAGCAGUCUGCUGACUGAAGAUCAGUUUCUCUGCUCCAUCUGUCUGGAUGUGUUCACUGAUCCAGUCACCAUACCAUGUGGACACAACUUCUGUAAAGCCUGCAUCACUGAUCACUGGGAUAUUGAUCUUCCCUAUCAGUGUCCUACCUGUAGAAAAGGUUUCAACAUGAAACCUAAGCUGCAGGUCAAUACUUUGAUCUCUGAGAUGGCUGCUAAGUUCAGACAGUCAGCUCAACUGAUACCAGAAGAAGUUCCCCGUGACGUCUACUCAGGAUUCAAACUGAAGACCUGGAUGUUCUUCCUGGCGUGUCUGAUGUGCGUCUUCAUGGCCUGGAUGCUCAUCGAGACGAUCAAAGAGAAACAGAAAACGACAGAGAAACUGGCUGAAGGCUUCGUCAAAGAUCUGAAACAGGAAAUCUCUGAGCUGAAGAAGAGAAUCACUGAGGUGGAGCAGCUCUAUGUGGCUCAGCAGGAGAAACUCAGGAAACAGAAGAACCUGCUCAUCGAGACGAUCAAAGAGAAACAGAAAACGACAGAGAAACUGGCUGAAGGCUUCAACAACGACGUGAAACAGGAAAUCUCUGAGCUGAAGAAGAGAAGCACUGAGGUGGAGCAGUUCUACAAGGCUCAGCUGGAAAAACUCAGUGAACAGAUCAUGAAACUGCUCCCUGAGUCUGAUCUGAAGAGGGUCCAGCAGUAUGAAGUGGAUGUGACUCUUGAUCCUGAUACAGCACAUCCUAGACUCAUCCUGUCUGAUGAUAGAAAACAAGUACAUGAUAGUGAUGUGAGGAAGAAUCUCCCAGACAACCCAGAAAGAUAUGAGACACAUGUUUUUGUCUUGGCAAAGCAAAGUUUUUCUUCAAGAAGAUUUUAUUAUGAGGUUCAGGUUAAAGGGAAGACUGCGUGGUUAUUUGGAGCGGCCAGAGAGUCGAUCAACAGGAAGGGAAAAAUCACACUGAGGCCUCAGGAUGGUUACUGGACGAUAUGGUUGGGGAAUGACAAUGAAUACUAUGCUCUUGAUGACCCUGCAGUCCAUCUCUCUCUGAAGUCUCGGCCUCAGAAGGUGGGGGUGUUUGUGGAUUAUGAGGAGGGUCUGGUCUCCUUUUAUGACGUUGAUGCUGAAGCUCUUAUCUACUCCUUUACUGGCUGCUCCUUCACUGAGAAACUCUACCCAUUCUUCAGUCCCUGUCUUAAUGAUGGUGGUAAAAACUCUGCCCCUCUGAUCAUCUCUCCUGUCAGUCACUGAGUAGAA